AAUAUGAAGAUGUACCGCAAUGCGACGAUGAUGAUCGAAUUCGCAUUGGCGAUGUCACAAAUACUCGAUCAGUUAAAUCGUGACUCAUUCCAGAACUUUGAGUUGCGAAUAGGUAUGAGUGUUGGACCAUUAGUAGCUGGUGUGAUAGGAGCACAAAAGCCUCAGUAUGAUAUCUGGGGAAAUACUGUAAACUUGGCUAGUCGAAUGGAUACCCAUGGGGAGCCGAGAAAGAUACAUGUGAGUUCAGUUGAACAGGAGGAACAGUUUGGAGUGGAGCUUAUUUUUGCCAUGCAGGAACCUAACUUAAGAAAAAUUUGGUAUGAAAUGACUACCCAAAUGGGUGAAUUACUACGUCGUGGAGGCUAUCGUGUACAUAGCAGGGGAAAGAUCAAGGUUAAGGGUGUGAAGGAACCAAUGGAGACGUUCUUGUUGGAAAUUGACUCGAAACGAAACUCCUCGGUUUCGAACAUUUCCAAUCACCCAAGUUCAUCGUGA